GAGGAGCUCCUACUGAACACGCCCCCCCUCCCCCAUUCUUCCUUCUGUGCUCGACAGCGUCCAGUCGUUUCAACGCGAAUCUUCUCUGUUGCUUGCCGUACUUGCCUGUCCUCUGCUGCGCCUCAUUCGCCUGCUCCCCUUCCCCCCACCCCUGCAUCUGUGUCUGCACAGUUCGAGUGGGCGAACAGAGAAACCCCCAUCCCGGCCCCUACCAAUUGGGAAUUCUUCUUGAGGGGGUGACCGUGCGAUUUUCCACUUCCAUAUCGAAGCCAAAGUUCUUCCAUCAACAGCAACUAUGGCCCAAGUGGUUCUCGGGGGCGUUGUGGAGUCUGUCACCGGACAACUUGUUUCCCUCCUCUCCCAGGAGUUCGGACUAGCGUGGGGUGUCAAAGCUGAGCUCGUGAAACUCCAGACUACUGUCUCUAUCAUCGGUGGUGUGCUUCGCGAGGCUGACAAGAGACGAGUUGAGGCUGAGGAUGUGAAGGAAUGGCUUAAGAACCUGAAAGUGUUGUUCGACGAUGCGGAUGACCUGUUAGAUGAAUUCUCUACUGAGGCUUUCAAACGUCGGAGAGUGAUGGGAGGAGGUAAGGGGAUCCUUAAUGAGGUGCGUAUCUUUUUCUCCUCUUCCAACCAGCUCCUUUAUGCCAGUAAGAUGGCUCAACGAGUCAAGGAGAUUAGGGAGAGGAUCGAUGCAAUUUGGAAUGAUAGAAGCGCCUGUUUUCAGCUCGAGGGAAAUAUUAAUCUUAUGGGGAGUUUGGUAGAGAAUCUAAAUGGGCGGGAAACUUACUCAUUUGAGCCUGAAAUGUAUGUGGUUGGACGAGAUAAGGACAAGAAGGAAGUUAUCGAGUUCUUACUCAAUCCUGAUUUUGAGGAGAAUGUUAGUGUCCUCUCAAUAGUGGGUGUGGGAGGCCUAGGGAAAACGACAUUAACAAGACAAGUAUAUAAUGACAAGAGCGUGGAGGAACAUUUCGAGAUGAGGCAAAUUUGGGUCUGUGUGUCUAUCAAUUUCAAUGUGGAGCAUAUUCUGAGGAAGAUAGUACGAGAGUGCACCUCCAACAAAGAAGAUAUUGCAAAUCUCGACAUGAAUGCGUUGCGAAAAAAGCUGGGAGAAUGGAUUGAUGGAAAGAAGUUCUUACUUGUUUUAGAUGACGUGUGAAAUGACAACCGGUCUGAAUGGUUGAAACUUCAAGGAUAUCUCAUGAGCGGUGCCAAAGGAAGUAAGAUAUUGGCGACCACUCGCUAUACUCGGGUGGCGGACACUAUGACUCGCAAAUUUCAUAAAUUGAGUGGCUUACCUGACGAUGAUUCGCUCUGUUUGUUGAUGCGAAUGGCAAAGAAGGAGGAGCACGAGUGGAAAAAUCAAAAUCUAGAAAAGAUUGCGAGAGAAAUUGUGAAGAAGUGUGCGGGAGUUCCCCUUGCAAUUAAGACGAUUGGGCGAUUGUUAGCGUUCUCUGGAACUACCGAAGAAGAUUGGUUGAAUUUUAAGGAUAGUGAUUUAUCUUCGAUAAAUCAAGAAGAAAGUGACAUUAUGCCUUCGCUUAAGUUGAGUUACGAUUUUUUGCCAUCGCA